CAUGAAAGGAUGGACAUUGGCAAUUCAAUACAAUGAUGGUUUUAUACAUGAAGAAAGUGGUGAUGAUUAUGUCAUGGACCUUGUCUCUAACAUUGAGUUAAACCCGGAGAUUCAUCAGCAGAUUGUGGCAAAGAACCAAACCAUUCUCAGCUAUGGCCAGUAUACAUUAAAUGAGGAGGAGUUAAAUGGCAGUUAUGAAGAAGAGGAAGAAGAUGAAGUUGAGAGUAUUGGAUCCCCUCCUCCAAGUAGCAGGAGCUACCGAAGUGAUUCAGUUUUUCACGACAGAAGUUUUCAUGAACCCACCCCACCAGCUACAAACAGCAAUUUCUCGUUUGGUCCGCCAAACUUAAAAUUUGUCCAAACUCAUCGAGACUCCUCAAUCCACCGACCUUCCAUGGAUCAAUCUGCUUCUAAUAUAAACAAGAGGUUAAAAGGAGGUGGAUCUAUGAUGAGAGGAAACAUGAACCCAAUGAUGCAACAACCUAUGAUGCAACAGCCAAUGAUGCAACAGCCAAUGAUGCAACAGCCGAUGAUGUCACAGCCGAUGAUGCAACAGCCGAUGAUGCAACAGCCGAUGAUGUCCAACCGAUGAUGCAACAGCCGAUGAUGCAACAACCAAUGAUGCAACAACCGAUGAUGUCACAACCUAUGAUGUCACAACCUAUGAUGUCACAGCCAAUGAUGCAACAACCAAUGUCUUCGAUGCAGCCAGGAAUGUUUCCAUCCUCCAUAAGUGCCAUGUCAUCUAGUCUGGACCCAUCAACUCAGCAGCAAAUGUUAAUGCAACAACAAAUGCAGAUGAUGGUGCAACAAAACAUGGUUCAACAAGCUGCACUUACAGACCUGAUAAAGAAAACAAGCGAAAAGCAGAAAAAAGAAAAUUACAGGCGCCGAUCUCCAUCUCCAAGAUAUAGGUCCCGUUCUCCUGUUGUCAAUGAAGUUAAGUCCUCUUCCUUUAAGGAUAGGAUUAAAAAGUUAGAAAAAACAGAGGAAAUACCCAAGCCCCCCACACCCCCAACAAGCCCUAAAUCCCCUAAAUCUCCAAAAUCUUUUAAACCUCCUGUUGAAAAAGUGGAAACUGCAUCACCCGAACCAAAAAAGAGGGAAGUCAAAAGGUACCCAACAGAACCACCAAAACCACCAAGCAAAGAUCUGCUUAAAGAGUUGGAUGAUAUCAGGGAUCCAAAAGGAACUGUUAAGAUGUCGUUUGCAGAGAAGCAGAAAUAUUUUCUUCUUAAGUCAUUGGCUCCACCUGAAGAAAAACAACCCCUACAACCACCAAGGAAAAAUGCAUUUCUUGGCAAGAAAUUUGACAUAUAUGAAGGUGCAAACAAUGAAGAUCCCGUCAAAAAGACGGAACCUAAAAAAGUCAUUGAUCCAAAACCAAAAUCACCCGAGGAUUCAGAUGAUGACAACACACAUAAAAAAGCGUUAAUGCUUGCUCUGAUGUCCAAGAAAAAUCGACAGGAACAGCAGGCAGAAAAGAAGAACGAAGCCGUUUACGCGAAAGUGAACAAACCAACUCCUUCACCGUCCAUAUCUUCACACAGUGAAGAAGAUGAAGAUCUUAAUCAGAGAAGACUAGAUGACGUGAUGCUGAGGAGGCAACAUUAUGAUAAGACACCAAAACAGUAUGUUCCUGUGGCUCGUCCAUCGACUGUGGCAGCGCCUAAAAUAUUGGAACCAUCUCGUAAAACUUCAGUAAUGAGAAAUACUUCAAAUCUGUCUCAAAAGAAACAGGCAAAAAUGCUUGCAGCACGUUUGGAUACUGACUGUCACACAACUCAACAUUCAACAAAACACAAUCCAGUUGCAAUAUAUCGCAAUGUAGACUGGAAACUAAUGGUCCGGAAAGAGUAUUUUCUUCCAAAAGAAGCAUUCGACAGUGCAGUUGUUGUUCACCUUCUGUUUAUACAAAUUCAGAAAGACAUACAACGAGGCUCACCAAGAAUAUUACCGUCUGAAAAACCAAAAUCUCUUCCAAAUGAAAGAAGCUCGACAGCUGUAAAAAAGAAAUUCGUUGCUACCGCCAUUAACACAUGGAAAAUUUAUUUCUCAAGAAUAAUUCGGAUUAAGGUUCUUGAAGUUUCCUCUCCCUCUCAUAAACAUCUUAUGAAAUGUACUUUGCUCAGUGUUGGAAAGUCAGGAAUUCAUUUGUUAAAAGAAACAGAAUCAAACAAAUGGAAAUGUGAAGAAAGUCUUAAGUUUACUGAUGUUAAAACUGUCAACCUGAAGUCAAGUAAUGCAUUGGUCAUUACUUCUAAGCAUGGGGUCCUUACAUUACAGUCAAAGAAAGUGAAGUCAAUGAAGAAUUUUAUCCUCUUAUUCAUGAAGGGUGCUCCUCAGCAAGAAGUCCUUGUUUCUCCUGGAAGACCAAUCCCAGUCCUCCCUCCAAUCCAGCACUCAGAUGAGGAAGAAGAGGAUGAAGAGCAAGAAGAAAUUGUUUCAAGGCAUCGACCCAGUCGUUCAGACAGCUCUUUUGAAAUCCAGCAACCUCCAGAUGAUGGAAGAGAAUAUUCCAUUCGAAGAUUUGCUCUCGAUUAUUUUAAAAAAAGCAAUAAAGUUGAUAAACUUCUUCAACAUACAAAGAAACCACUGAAAAGUUCUUUGAUCAGUUAUGACAACAAAACUAACGAAGAGUUAGCUGUACUUACAUUCAAUGCUAUUCUUGUGUUUUGCCGAGAUGUGAUUGGAAAAGGUCAAAACGACUACACAAACAUUAUCAAAGUGUUAGCAGUGGUUCGCAAAAACUUGCCUAUGUCUGAUGAGGUGUAUGUGCAAAUUGUCAGGCAAACAAAUAGAAACAAACGCCAGGAUAGCGCAGAAAGAGCAUGGAGGCUGUUGGCAUUUUUCACUGCUUAUUUCCGCCCAACAAAAGUUCUGCUUCCACAUUUUCUUGCUCAUCUCAACCAAAAGUGUUCAGAAUCUGAAACAGCAAACCCUGCUGCUGUUACACUCGUUAACCUUCAGCAAACAUUAAACUACGGUGGAAGAAGACACCCUCCAACUGAGGUGGAAAUUCAAGCUAUAUCUAUUGGUAGCACCUCAUUUGAGCAGAUCUUUAUUCUACCUGGAAGAAUAAAGUGGGAGUUCAAAGUGAACACAACCACUGUUGUAAAGCAAGUAAUUGAAUGCCUGGGUCGUGAGUUUGGAAUAACUGACCAACGAGAACUGAAUGAAUUUGGAGCUUUCUUAUUUGUCAUGGAAGCAAACAAAGCUGGUGAAAUCAUACCACUUCAACCUGACACUUUUGUGAUGGAUGUCAACUCUGAUAUGACGUACAGGAAACUUGGUUUUUUCAUCAUGAUACAACGAGUGAUUUGGGCUGAACCAAUCAGCUUUGAGAAUCCAUCUCUCAUUACCUUCUUCUUUAAUCAAAUGCUUGAUGACUACAUUACUGGAAAACUCUUCUAUGGUGAAGGGGGUACACACAAACUCUCAAAGUUCCAUUUUGAUGAAACUGUAAAGUUGGCAGCAUUUUUAUUUGUUGGCUUUGGAAAGAACCAUUUUCCUUCACAAUCUGACAUGGAGAGCAUUAUACCUCGUCCAAUGCUGAAGCAAUACGACACCACACUGUGGCAUGAAAAAGUGUGUGGUCACAUGAAAUCUACCCCAUCUUGCAACACCCAACAAGCUCAGUGCGAAUUUCUUUCCAAGCUGAGGAAGCGAAAGUUGUUUGGAUGCUCCUUUUUUGCAGUGGAUGUGAAACUUGCCAACACUCGUCAGAAACCCGCAGUUGUUGCAAUCAACUCAAAAGGUUUCUUUCUCAUUAAUCCAGAUGAAGAUAGAAUCUUUUUGGAGCAUAAUUUGUCACGGAUUUCGAAUGUUGACGUUCGGAAAAAUAACAAGAACAUUUGUGAUGUCAAAAUCUCUUCUUCAACUGGAGAUCCUAACGUGGUCACUAUCAAAUCACCCAAGGCCCUGUUAAUUGAGAGCAUAAUUGAACAGCAUUUGCAGUGCAGAUGAAAGAAAAUUUGAGUAAAUAAAAACUGUGCAGCUUGAUUGAACCUACAAUGAUGUCAUUAUCAUCAUUUUGUAUAUUUUAACCACAAUGUGUUCGUAUAAAUACGAUGUAUUUUAUUUUAAUCUGUGUAAAACAAGAGAGCUGAUCUCUAAUGAAUGGGCAUGUAAAAACGUAAAAUUUGUAUUUCAAAACCAUUCCCUACGUGAAGGUAAUCGCAUAAUUUUUACAUAAAAACAAAAUUGCUUAAAUACGGUUAUUUUUAAUGAUUUAGAUAAACAUUAUUUACUUGCUAUAUGUCAGAUAAUGAAAUAAAUUAAAAGUCGUUCAUGUACAAAUUACUGAAAUUGUAAGUCAAUUACAAUUUACUACUUACAGCUUUAGUAAUAACUAUUAUGAUUUGUCUCCCCAUAAAACGUCUGUCCGGAUCAAAACUACAGGCAAGGAUUAAACACACCCGGGCAAAAUGUCCGACAUAAAAGUACAAGUUGAGAUGCAUGAGCCUGCACGGAACGAAAUAUCUGUAACAGCGCGUCUUCUACAGGCAAGGAAUAACACUUCGUAACUGAUAAUGUAAUGUAGCCGAUAAGGAAAAAUUUUAAUGCGCCCCCAAUAAUCUGUAAAUAGUUGGAUGCGGAUGCGUCAAUCGUUGUGGAUAUGACCAUGUUUAGAUUUAAAUAUUGAAUCGAAUGUGAAUGAGUUAAUGAAUGUUGUGACUUGAAAACGGCAGUCUUUAUAACACGGGUGUUCUG